AUGCCAGGAAACGCCGAGAAGGGCAAGAAGGUCUUCGUCCAGCGAUGCGCCCAGUGCCACACCGUGGAGAAGGGUGGCGGCCACAAGACCGGACCCAACCUGCACGGUCUGAUCGGCCGCAAGACCGGCCAGGCGCCCGGCUUUGAGUACACCGACGCCAACAUUAAGAAAGGCAUCACCUGGGGCCACGAUACCCUCUUUGAGUACCUGGAGAAUCCCAAGAAGUACAUCCCAGGCACCAAGAUGGUCUUUGUCGGCCUGAAGAAGGCUUCAGAGCGCGAAGAUCUGAUCGCCUACCUGGAAGAGGCCACGAAAUAA